AGCCGGCGAGCAGUUUCACUUCCGCAGGGCGACCAGCACGGCCAGCCCUGACCCUGAGGCCCGCGCCCCGCGGCUGCGUUUCCGGGACCUCGGCCGCGGCCGCCUCGGUGGGAAGCGGACUGAGGACCGUCGGGGGCCCGGAGACCAGCUGUCGGAGAACCUCAGGCUGGGAGAGGCCGGCCUCAGCAGGCACUCGUCCAGGGACCCGGACUUCCGAGGCUGCGAUGCUGCCGGCAGUGCCGGGCCGGGCGGGCGGGAGCUGGGAGUCGCCCGCAGGCGGCUCAGCGCCCCCAGAAAAUACAAAAGACAUCCUCAUGAUAUAUGAAGAAGAUGCUGAGGAAUGGGCUCUGUACUUGAGGGAAGUUUUUCUGAAUGCUGUGAAAAGGGAAGCCAUACUGUUAUAUUGCUUGGAGAAUUAUUGUCUUUGGGAUUUGGAGCUGCUGGAUUUAAACUCCUACACAUGUAAACUUUUGGUACUAUCAAAUAGCCUACUUAAAAACCUAACUCCAAAGAAAUGUCAGUUUCUGGAAAAUGUACUUCACUUACCAGAAAGUGUGGUUACUCUGCUGUGUGGGGUGAAGAGCUCGGAUCAGUUCUACAAGUCAUUAAAUAUCUCUAGAGGCAGGUGGGAGCUCUCAACUGAGCAGGAAGCUGAGGACUACAUCUCGGUCAUCAAAAGCAUCAUUUUCAAAGAUUAUGAAGACUACCUGGAGAUCAUUGCUCCAGAAGACUUAAGAGUGAAACAUUCUGGGGAAAUAAGUGAGAAGAAGGAAAUGGAAGAAUCGUCAGAAGCUUCAAGAAGCACCAUACCACAGGCAGUGGUGCUUCCUGCUGAAAUCCCAUGUGAGAAUCCUGGUGAAAUAUUUGUUAUUUUAAGAGAUGAAGUAAUUGGCGAUACUGUGGAGGUUGAAUUUAUGUCAAGUAGUAAAUGCAUUAGAACACGGCCAGCCCUCUGGAAUAAGACAGUCUGGUGGAUGAAGGCUUUAGAUUUUCCUGCUGGCUCUGUCACUGUCCAUGUCUUCUGUGAUGGAGUCAUCAAGGCCACAGCAGAGAUUAAAUACUAUACAGCAGCGAAGACUAUGGAAUCCCUAUUGGGAGCAGCAGGUCCGGGAGAUGGUGUGCGCCAGAAUGACAUUGAUGGACUUGAUGAUAUGCUCACAUCCACAUUCAAACAUGAAAUACCACAUUAUGAAUUCCGACCAUUCCAAACUGAAGCCCACCCUCAAAAGGAAUGUACUUAUUUCAAAGAACUUCCAACUCUUCUCCACUGUGCAGCGAAAUUUGGCUUAAAGAACUUGGCUAUUCAUUUGCUUCAAUGUUCAGGAGCAAACUGGGCAUCUAAGAUAAAAAACUUGGAGGGUUCAGAUCCAGCACAUAUUGCUGAAAGGCACGGUCAUGAAGAACUCAAGAAAAUCUUUGAGGAGUUUUCCAUCCAAGAAGUUGGAGGAGAUGAUGAGCAGGAAAGUGAUUAUGAAGAGGAUUUUAUCUCCUUUUGUACACGUUCUCCCAGCAUACAGAACCCAGCUCUCCAUCAGGAAAGCCAACAGACAUACAGGCAGAGGGCAGAAGGAGGUGCGGAAGUGAAAGAAACGGCAGAGGAAGAAACAGAGCAGGACUCUGGCUCGGAGGCCCGGCCCACCCCAGAAGAGGCUGACAGUGAGAGCGAGGACCAGUAUGACGACUUGUAUGUGUUCAUCCCUGGAGACAACCCGGAAGAUAAUUCACAAGAGGCCCUCAUGAGCAGACCACCUCUCCCCCCGCCGCGACCUGCAGCUACUGCCUUCCAACUGGAAAAACCUCACUUCACAUUACAAGGGAAAAUAUUGGCAGGCCAAAUGGAAAGAAGUCAAAGUUGGUGUGAUUCUAGUGCAAGAUUCGAAGCAGGAAGUGAACCCAAAGGAGAAGAAGAAAAAGAAAAUGAAAAGGAUCAGGAAGAGGAAGAAGACCCAUAUACUUUUGCUGAGAUUGAUGACAGUGAAUAUGACAUGAUCCUGGCCAAUACGAGUAUCAAGAAAAAAACCGAAAGUCGUUCUUUUAUUAUGAACAGACCUCCUGCCCCGACACCUCGACCCACAAAUAUUCCUGCCAAAGAGGAAACUACACCUUAUAUAGCACAAGUGUUUCAACAGAAGACAGCCAGAGGACAAUCUGAUGGUGACAAGUUCCAUGGUCCUAAGAAACAAGACAGAGCCCGGAUGGAGAGUCAAGCCUCUUCCACCGUAAGGAACUGCCUUGCUGCUGGACAGGAGGAACUCAUCCUCCUGCAAGAGAAAGUCAAGAAUGGGAAACUCUCUAUGGAUGAAGCCCUGGAGAAAUUCAAACAGUGGCAGAUGGGAAAGACUGGUCUGGAAACAAUUCAGCAGGAAAAACUACGCCAACUACGAGAUUGCAUUAUUGGGAAAAGGCCAGAAGAAGAAAAUGUCUACAAUAAACUCACCAUUGUGCACCAUCCAAAUGGUAACGAAAGUGCCCACAAUGAAAAUACGUUACAUAACAUACCCUUUGGCAAUAAGCUUCCUGCUCGAUUCCAGGCUGAAAAGGAAUUUGGUUUCUGUUACAGGAAAGAUCACUAAAGAGAUUAUUAUCCUGAAACUCAAGAAUCUGCAGACACUUUUGGGUAAAACAAGCUUACAUUUGGACUGCCUGCUGUCUACAAGACUAAAAUCAUGCUAGGCAAAUAGAAGCACACUUCUGGAUUUCAGACUUUGUUAUUGCCACAAUUUAUUGCCAUUAUACCUGCUUCAGAUGAGCAUAUAAGAUUAAAAUUGAAUGCUGUAGAGCAAUUGCAUUAUUUGAAAAUUCUAAUAUUUUACAAUGCACUUUGCCACUGAAGCAGCGAUUUCUCAUUUUUAAAAUUAAAGGAAACAAGAGCAGAGGAUUUAAAUGCUCUGAAGCAAAGUUAUUGGGCUUGUUUAAGGGGCUAACCUUAAUAGUUCACUCCUCCUCCAUUUGAGAAUAUCCAUAAAGAUACAAUUUGUUUCAUUUAUAUUGAGUUUUCAGGUGGAUGGUCUGUUUUCUAAACUUCUCCCAUUCAAAGCUCUAAUUAUUAUUGUCACAUUAUGCUUGCAGCAACCUUCCCUUUUUAAGAGCCUGUUUGCUUAUAACCUUGAGAACUUUAUUUUUAAAUUUUUCUGUGUCUCAAAUUAAUAUACAUUUCUGGGAGUUCUCAUUGUGGUUCAGCGGAA